AUGGCUCCUACAAAAAACUUAAGUACACAACAAAGAGAACAAAUAAUGCAGAAGCUGCUGUCUGCAUUAAAUAAGAAGGGCAAACCAGUGCUAGGCACAAUCAAUGCACUUGCGAUUGAGUUUCAAGUGUGUAGGAAAACAAUCACAUGUUUGUGGAAUGAUGUCAAGAAGCAGAUGACAAACAACACCACAGUGAUUAACCUCAACAGUAAGAGAGGGGGCAGAGAAGCAGCAAACAAAAUCAAAUUCGAUGAAGAAAAAUUUAAGGCCAUUAAAUAUGAACUCAAGGGUACUCAGCAUUUAGUAGCAAAGCAGAUGGACGUGUCACAAUCAAUGGUGUGUAGGUGGAAGAGGAACAAAGUCAUGAGAAGGCACACAAAUGCAAUCAAACCGACUUUGAAUGAAAACAACAAGUUACACAGGUUAAGCUUUGCAUUCUCUAAAUGUGAAUAUGAUGAAAAAAAUGAUGCAUUCAAGUUUAAGCCAUAUACUAACGUUGUUCACAUAGAUGAAAAACACUUCUAUCUAACCCGAGAGACACAGAGUUAUCAUUUAGCUCCGGGUGAAAUAGGCAUUUGGCCAUUUAUUACACAGGAGCUAGCAAAAAGAAGCUCAAAGAACAAGAAAAGGGGAGAGUUGGAAACAAAACUAAUACAAUCAAUCACAAAAGAGCAUAUUAGAGCAAUGUUUAUCACUAAUGUGCUGCCAACCAUAAGAGCAAAAUGGCCUGCAGGAUUGUCAAAGCAUAUUUACAUUCAACAAGACAAUGCCAAACCGCAUAUAGCACACAAUGACAGAGAAUUUUAG